AUGGCCGACGCAGACGUCAAGACGUUCUCCCUCGGAGACUUUGCCCUUCAGUCGGGCGAGACGAUCCCCGGCGCCUUCCUAGCGUACAAGACGUUCGGCGCGCCCUCGUCGCCGGCCGUCAUCUACCCGACCUGGUACAGCGGCGCCAUCGCCGAUAAUGAGUGGCUCGUCGGCGCGGGCAAGACGCUCGACCCGGCGCGCUACUACAUCAUCAUGCCCGCGCUCUUUGGCAACGGCCAGUCAAGCAGCCCCAGCAACACGGAGGCGGCAGGUAAGUCGCAGGGCCAGGGGCAGCGGCGGCGGCCGUGGCCGCGCGUGACGUUUUACGACAAUGUGCGGGCGCAGCACGAGCUCGUGACGCGGGGACUCGGUGUCGGGCACGCGCGCGCCGUGCUCGGGUGGAGCAUGGGCGCCGGACAGACGUACCAGUGGGCGACACAAUAUCCGGACUUUAUGGACCUCGCCGUGCCGUUCUGCGGCAGCGCGCGCACGAGCCUGCACAACCAGGUGUUUCUCGAGGGCGUCAAGAGCGCGCUGCUCGCGGCCAAGGGGACUUCGUCGGGCGGCGUCUGCGCUGGUGAGACGUGCGAGGCCUCUGAACAUGGCGAGUAUCAGGGGUGGACAGACGAGGAGAGGGCCAAUGGGCUGAGGGCGCUCGGCAGGGUGUAUGCCGGGUGGGGAUUCAGCCAGGCGUUCUACCGGGAGAGGGUGUACGAGACGGCGCCGACGCUGGGGUUCAAGGGGUUGGAGGAGUUCAUGGUUGGGUUUUGGGAGGCGUGGGCUCUUUCCAAGGAUCCCGAGAACAUGCUCGUCAUGCUGCACACGUGGCAGGCUGGGGACUGCUCGGACCAGGAACCGUACAACAAAGAGACAGACUUUGAGCUGGCCAUGCGCAGCAUCAAGGCCAAGAUGCUCGUACUUCCCGGCCAGACGGACCUUUACUUUCCACCCGAGGAUUCCGAGUACGAGGUCAAAUGCAUGAGCCCAGGGAUCGGAACGUGCGUUGCCUUCCCCUCGAUCUGGGGGCACUGGGCUGGCGGGCCGGGGCAGAGCACGGAGGACGUCAAGUGGCUCGACGAGAAGCUGAGGGUCUUCUUUGGCGAUGGAGGGUCUGAUGCCGAUACCGAGGCGAUGACCGAACGCCUGUCGACGUUGUAG